GUUUGGCCAGUUUCCUUAAAUGAUAUUAAGCUGUGUGAAUAAUUUUGAUGAUCUCAUUUUUGUUUGAAUAGGUCUAGGGCUUACUCUAGGCCCAGGCCUAGGCAUGCUCAGCCUCAGAUGCUAGGCAAAAAACUUAUUUUUUUCCCCUGUCAUCUGGCAUGUCUGGUCAUGUUAUGAUCGACAUGAUCGAUCUUGUCCCUCAGUCCGUUAUUUGCAAAAUCUGAACAGCAUUGCACUGCUCUACGUCGAGUGCAGUUCUAGUUCAGUUGUUUGCUGCCCGGGCUAGGCCAUGGUUGCAAAGGUAAGAUUUCUGAAUAUUUCACCAUUUUCACAAUGCCAACCACUGGAGCAAAGUCUCAAAAGACUGGUUACCAUCUCAGUCCAAAUGAGGAAGCUGCACUAAUCAAACGAGAAAAGGAGAGACGACGUAAACUACGAAUCCAACAGGUCCGUGAACAAGAGAGGAAUUUUGCCUCCAAGGUCAGAAGUAAUGUCAACAAGAAGAAGGACGAAGAAUUGAAGAACCUGGCUCUUCAUAUGAAGAAAGAUUGGGAAGAGGAGAAAAAAGAGAAGACAGACGCUUUACAGAAGAUAGUGGAGAGAAGUCUUGAUAGCAUAGGGGAUGGACACAGGGCUGCUAGCAACCAGCCCCCAUUGGCUGAAAUUCGAGCAGCUCAAGCCCUCAAGGACCAGCAUUCUGCCAUACAGCGCUAUAAUACCGCCCUCAAGAGACAACAGGUGGAGGAGGAACAGCAGUAUCUCAAGGAAAACGCCCACAUCAUCGCCAGGAAGUCAGCAUUGCAAGCAGAGAAGAUACGGGCUGCAAAAAUGGCAAGCUUACCACCACCAGUCAAGGAUCCACUGGAAGAUCUGGAUGACGUCGGAAAGGAGAACAAAAUCGUCAUAGUAACCAGUGGUUUCUCUACGAGUCACUAUCAUCUGAAAGGGGAGUACGUGGAGAAAGCUGAACCCGAGGAACAGGAGGACGCUCGACUGGCAGCACAGGAAGAAGAACGCAGAGCAAAAGAAGAUAAGGUGGAGACAGAGAGAGAGGAGAAGGAACGACAAGAGAAAGCUUGUCUGAGACAUCAGCACGCCAGGAAACAAGAGUUACUUCAUCAAGAUUACAAUAAACUGAUGGAGGAGUUGGGACAUAUGGAGCAAGCAGAUAGACGACGAAGGCAAACCAUAGUGGCCAAUAUACCACAUCAAGUGUUUCAGCCUCCUCACAAAAGACUUGAAGAUAAACAAGAAGAACAGCAGAAAUUGGAGCAAGCAUUUGAAGACAUGUACAUGGCUAAUACAGACUACACUGGUGAUUUGAUCCUGGCCUUGGAACCUAAACCACAGAGAGACACAGACCUGGAUGUAACAGUGGACUCUGUGUCUGAUGAUGUUGGUAUCUCACUUCAGCCGGUCCCGAUACUACCUGCCGAUAGAGAUGACGGGGGUAAGAGAUUGCCACAAGGGUUGGAUGAGGAAAGCGAGGAGGAGGCAGAAAAAACAAUUGCAGAGGAGAAGCCAAAACAACCAAGAGCUCCUCUAAAGAAGUUGAUGGAUCGCAUCAAGAGUCAGCGAGAGGAAUUGAAGAAAAAGGUUGUAUUGGAGGUACCUAGCCCAGAAAGACACCCUCGUGAGGAGCUGGAGACCCCAUCUAGCUCAAGAGACUUGUCAACUGAGGAUGCCUUCUCACCAUCUCCUGAGGCAGCCCAGGAGGAAUCUGAGAGUGACAGAGGUACACUUGACACUUUGGAAUCAGGGACACUGUCUGAAGACACCAACAAGCUGGAGGAGAAGAGGACUCUCUUACAUCCCCUGGAAGAGGCUGCCAAGAUAAGAUCUGUGACAAAGGUGCCUGAAGUAGAACUGCAGAAGAAAGCACAGGAAGACAUAAUAGCCAAGGAGGAUGAGCAGCGACUGCGACUUGCUGAGAAACAACUGCAAGAGCACAUGGAUCACAGGGACCAUCUGCAGAUGCUGCAAGAUAACCUGCUGCAGCGACAGCGCAUGCUGCAGCAGCAUAUUGGGGAGCAAGAAAGGCUGCAUAGGGAACAGCUGCAGUUGCAGCAGGAACAGUUUGGAAAACAACAGCCCGGGCUGUGGAAUGAUGAACUGCAGCCACAGUUGAAUGAACCCCUAGAAAACCAACAUCCACAAAGUCACAAUGUACAUGCCAUACAACGACUUAUAAGACAGCUGCAGAUUUCUGACCAGCAGCGACAGCUUCAGCGAGCGCAACAACUGCAGGUCACACAACAACAGCAGCAGACACAAGAUAAUGGCCAACAACAGCAUGAUCUCACACAGUACCAAGACCUUCCAAAUAACCUGCUGCGGCAGCCAAACCUUAUGAGCAAGGAAUCAAGUCGUCAAAAGCAGCAUUUGCAGCAACAGCAAGUUGAAGUAAAUACAGCAGAUUUCCAGUUACCCAGGCAGAGAAUUAGCCAACUGAUGGAACGGGAAAGAUCAACCCAAGAUUUGACAGUUAAACCUGCCGUUGAAUUGAUGGAUCCUACAACUUUUCCCAAGAGUGUCUCUGGUCUUGAACAAAAGAGAGAUUUCCAAGCCAGGCAGAUUCCAGUAACUGUAGAGCAGGGACAUGGUGAGGAAUGGCUGAGACAACACUUGCAGGACACUGUAAAAACCGCUGUGUCAAGCCAGCUAACUGCAGAUCAAGCAGGAAGAAAGCUACCCAGUCGUGACACACUCCAAGAAGCUCAGCUGCAACUAGAACAACGAAGGGAGAGACUCAUGCAACUAUAUCCUGAACUCCAACUUCCCCCAUAUGAGCCUUACAUUAAGAACAAACCCACCCCAGAUUCUACAGAACCCAUGACAGACAUGGUGACAGAUACACCAAUGUACCAAGGAGCACAAAUAGUGAGAGACGCAGGGCUAGGAAAGGACAUAGAGCACUCUGAUGCUGUACAAGUCGCACCAAGUGUUGUACCCAUUUCAGCAGCAGAAAGCUUUGUAAGACAGCAAGGGGCAUCCCAAAUGACAGGUGUAUCUACAACAUGUGAUGUCUCUGCAGCAGGUGUAUCUGUAACUGGUGUAUCCUCAGUGUCAAAGCCUGAGGCUGGGCUCUCAUCAGGUGCAGAUUCUGCUUCUGCACCUCAAUUAGAUGUUUUGAAACAGACAGCUCAUAGCACAGCGUCAGGACUUCCCCUUAAUGAAAUGGAAAGGAAAUUGGAGCAGCAUCGCCAGCAACUGCUGAAGACAUGGCAGCAACUUCAGCAGCAACAGCAGCAACAGCAGCAGAGGAUCCUUGACAAACAGAAGAUACUCGUACAGAGAAUAGGACAGCAAAGACAGGAGCAGUUGAGCAGGCAACAAGGACAGGGGACUGUAUCAGAGGGGAUACCUCAAAAUGUGAUAAUUUCACCUCCAGGAACACAAGUAAUGAUGACAUCACAGCCUAUUCUACAUGAUGUUAUGUCUCAAAUUCCACCUGGAAUACCACGAGCAUUGUCAUCUACUAUAAGGACAUCGCAUCCAGUACCUCCAGAUGUGGUCUUUUUGCAGUGUGGAACACAAGAUGUGAUUGCGUCAGAACCACCAGAGGUGACAACAGUGCAUCCAGAUGCCCAACCAAAAGUGGCAACAAGAGAACUUGGAGUGCCUCAUAUCAAAGGAGUAGGGAGUCCAGAAUUUUCACAGCAAGUAGGCCAAACAUUGUCUAAGACAAAAGAGUCAUCAGAUGGGCCAUCCCCUUCCAGGGCUGUCUAUAAGCUUCCCUCCAUGACAUUAGGCAAAACAUCUUACCACUUUGAUCCAACUCUUGAUGUAGCUGGUAAAUCUGUUGAGAGGGAGCUGCCAUCAUUUCAUGAACUCUCUCUAGAAAGUAGUGCCCAUUUGACAGAGAAUUCUGAUCAUCAACCAUUUGAGGUUACUGAGAAUCAAGAUGUGCCUGCUCAUGGCCAAUCUGGAAUGGGAAUUGCACAGCAUAUGCAGCAGGACUGGGGAUCCAUCUUUGUUUCUGGUUCAGAUCCUAAUAAACAAGUAGAACGUAACCAGUCUGCCUUGCCAUCACAAAGACUUGCAAAACACACCAGACCUCCGCCAUCACAGUGGAGACUUCCCCAGAUGACUAUGGAAGCAGGACCUCAUGAACUAAGUACUAUCUUAGAGGGAGAAUCCCCAGAAGGCAAACAUUUGUCCCGAGGUCACCAAGAAUUGAAUCCACUUGCCUCAACACCACAUAAAACUAGUCCAUUCCUUCUGGAGACCUCUCAACAAGGAACCCAAGCUAGCAGUAGUCCAUUCUACCUUGGGGAGCACGCAAGUGUGAAGUCUGAUCCUAGUGGCAAGGCUUCCCAGGUGGCAACUCCAGUUGGUCAAGUCAGUGGCAUAAACUGCUCAAAGACAUUGACUAUAGCAGAGAUUACUCAGACACCCAAUGUAGAUAGUCACAGCCAGGGUCAAGUUGAUACAUCACGUCCUACUUUUGUUCCGAGCUUUGCAAUGGAUGUUGGACGAGGUGUGCUGUCUUAUCCCUCCUCAAAUGUAAUGACAGAGGGACCAGUUGCCACAGUGAGCGCAUCUGCAGCAUCAUCUAUUCCAGUGGCUUCCUCACAUACCACACCGAUACCCAUCCCCAACCCAGCCAACAUCCACAUUGCCUCUCCAGUUACUGACACUGAGGAGGUAACAACGCAACCUGACUCGACAAUCUCGAUGUUGAGUGAGCACACCUUGGUCAAUAGCUUACAACUCAGCGAUGAGUCAGUUGAGCAGUUCCUUGCUCUCUCUGCCUCUGAAAGCAGCACUUCAGAUUCAGCAUCCUCAACCAGUGCCAGGUACCAAGUACAGAUGCUUGGUAGUGAUAAGCGCUCCACCAAGAGCCCCGUCAUUAAGAACUUUGUGAUGGACAUUCCUUCUAGGAGCUCUUGGAAGUCAUCCUUUGAGCCAUCUAUACCUCCCUUUUCCCAGUCAGGAGCAGCUGCAACUGAAGUCACUCUUCCAAGCCUUCCAACAGCACCUCGACAAAGCAUACAUUCGGAAGAUUAUAACUUAGGUCCAGUCUCACCCCAGAGCACCUGGACAGACACAGACACCCAGAGUGGCUCCUAUCUGGCUGGUGGAGCACCUUUCUUCCCAAUGUUCAGAGGCUCAGAUAUACCCAAAGACGGCAUGUCGAUGUUCUCUGACGUGUCUCUCAGCCAUUACAACACCUCAUUAGAGAGUGGUCCCACAAUACUCCCUAUAUCCACAGUGGAUCCUGGGCAGUUAAAUAGGCGUGCAUCCCCCAGCGGAGAGUCAGAGCAGUGGUUUAUGCCACAGCAGAAGUUAGAUAACUCUGAAUUGCAUCAACCCGACAGGGGUAGCACUGUUAAACACAGUCGAGAAAGAGUGGAAACAGGCAAGGAGACAUUGGAAUCAGAGACCGAUGUCUCAGUAGAUACACCCCCGAGUGAUGAUGAAUCCUCCAAGCUUUCCUAUGCCGGGGCACUGGUAGAAGAACCCCAUGAUCCAUCUGGAGCCAUGGUGGAUGACACGUUACAGGAGGCAAUGAGAAAUAUUGCUGUCAGUGAGAGUGAGACUUCCAAAGAGACAGGCAUCAUUGAGGAUCCAGAUUUAACCCUCAUUUCUCUCAACUCCACCUUGACAUCCUUUGGUCCCCCUGAUGAUUCCAAUGACUCAAUAAAACAAAGGCAGUGGGUAUCAGAGGAGCUUGGCAGUGACUCAUUGGUAUCAUUCCUGCACCAUGAAGAGGAGAUGAAAUUGGAAAGCCCAGCUAGAUCUGGUUUAGACCAGUCUAAAGCAGUUGGAACCAGUUCAUUGAUGGCUGAGGAUCAAGUUGAUCUUACUGGAGGUACAGCCUCUUCUGAAGACCGUUCUAUUAGUCUGCAAGAAGCCUUCAUGCGGCACAAACAAUCCUUCAUUAGGUCCACUCAGUCCCGUCAGCUAGAGGUCAAAGUUCACGCAGAGAGUCAUCAGGCUACAGCAUUCUCCCAGACGCUGGAUAACUGGAAGAGAUCUCGAGGUGGGAAGAUACACCGACCCUCAAAUACCAGGACUAGUAAAAGCCCAUCAAAGGGUCCUGCAGUCAGGGGUAAAAGGUCAGGGACAGGGCCAACACGACAUGGACAAGUAUCUAUGAGGGAGAUUGAACAAACCAAAGACAGGAGCAAAAUAACUCGGACCGUUACAUCCUCAGAUCGAAAGGCGGCAGAGAGAGACAUGUACCUGCGAAACAUUAGAUUGUACAACCAGCUAGAGGAAGUGCAGAAAUGGAAACUGACUCAACAACGAAAGAGGGAUUAUGCAGCCAAUCGACAACGUCGCAAGGAGUUUGGACAGAAGCUACAAGCUCGCUUCAAGUUGACCAAGCAGACUGGAAAAUCUCCAAGCUUGAGAGAUGCAGGUACAAAUGGAUCUGAAAACUGAAAAUGGCAUUGUUGCUGCUAUGACU